AUGGGGAAGGCCAAGUCGGCUGGGAUGCGCAGGAAAGCCGCCGAGGCGCUGGCGGGAGCGCGAGGCGGCUCAGCCAAGGCCCGUCCCAACCCGUUUGAAGUGAAAGUCAACAGGCAGAAGUUCCAGAUCCUGGGCCGGAAAACACGCCACGACGUGGGGCUACCCGGAGUGUCCCGCGCGCGAGCUAUUAGGAAGCGUACCCAGACUUUACUGAAGGAGUACAAAGAAAGGGAUAAGUCUAAUGUGUUUAAAGAUAAACGCUUUGGGGAAUACAAUACCAACAUAAGCCCAGAGGAAAAGAUGAUGAAGAGGUUUGCUCUAGAACAACAGCGACAUCAUGAGAAAAAAAAUAUCUACAACCUAAAUGAAGAUGAAGAAUUAACUCAUUAUGGCCAGUCUUUGGCAGACAUUGAAAAGCAUAAUGACAUUGUGGAUAGUGAUAGUGACACUGAAGAACGAGGAACCCUGUCUGCUGAGCUGACUGCUGCCCACUUUGGAGGUGGCGGCGGGCUCCUUCAUAAGACCUCUCAAGGGGAAGGAGAAGAGGGGGAGAAACCGAAGUCACGGAAAGAACUGAUUGAAGAGCUCAUUGCAAAAACAAAACAAGAGAAGAGGGAGAGACAAGCCCAACGAGAAGAUGCCCUUGAGCUCACAGAGAAGCUAGACCAAGACUGGAGAGAAAUUCAGACUCUGCUGUCACACAGAAUCCCCAAGUCAGAGAACAAAGAGAAAAAGGAGAAACCCAAGCCGGAUGCAUAUGACAUGAUGGUGCGGGAGCUUGGCUUUGAAAUGAAGGCCCAGCCCUCCAACAGGAUGAAAACGGAAGCGGAACUGGCAAAGGAGGAGCAGGAGCGGCUCAGGAGACUGGAGGCUGAAAGACUUCGAAGAAUGCUUGGAAAGGAUGAGGAUGAAAAUGCUAAGAAACCCAAACAUAUGUCAGCAGAUGAUUUAAAUGACGGCUUCGUACUAGAUAAAGAUGAUAGGCGUUUGCUUUCUUACAAAGAUGGAAAGAUGAAUGUUGAGGAAGAUGUCCAGGAAGAGCAAAGCAGGGAAGCCAGUGACAAUGAAAACGAGGAGGAAGAGGGUGAAGAUUCAAGUGGGGAGGAGGACCCAGAGGAGAGCGAUGGCCCAGAUAGCCACUCGGAUCUGGAAUCUAAUGUAGAGAGUGAGGAAGAAAAUGAGCCAGAGAAAGAGCAGCAUCAGACUCAUGGGAAAAGAUGUCGAAGUGAUCGAAAAGCUGCCAGAACUGAGCUUCCCUAUACAUUUGCAGCUCCUGAAUCCUAUGAGGAACUGAAAUCUUUAUUAUCAGGAAGAUCGAUGGAAGAACAGCUUUUGGUGGUGGAGAGAAUUCAGAAGUGCAACCAUCCAAGUCUUGCAGUGGGAAAUAAAGCAAAAUUAGAAAAACUCUUUGGCUUCCUUUUGGAGUAUGUUGGAGAUCUGGCUACCAGUGAUCCACCAGACCUCAGAGUAAUCGAUAAGUUGGUUGUGCAGUUGUAUAAUCUUUGCCAGAUGUUUCCUGAAUCUGCAAGUGACUCCGUAAAGUUUGUCCUCCGAGAUGCCAUGCAUGAAAUGGAAGAAAUGAUUGAGACCAAAGGCCGGGCAGCGUUCCCAGGCUUAGACUUGCUCAUUUAUUUGAAAAUUGCUGGGUUGUUGUUUCCAACCUCAGACUUCUGCCAUCCAGUUGUAACUCCUGCUCUGGUGUGCAUGAGCCAGCUGCUCACGAAGUGCCCCAUCCUGUCCCUGCAAGACGUGGUGAAGGGCCUGUUUGUGUGCUGCUUGUUCCUGGAGUACGUGUCCUUGUCUCAGAGGUUUAUACCUGAGCUUAUUAAUUUUCUUCUUGGGAUUCUUUACAUAGCAACUCCAAAUAAGCAACACCGAGGUUACACUCUGGUGCACCCUUUCAGAGCGCUUGGGAAGAACUCCGAAUUGCUCUUGGUCUCUGACAAGGAGGAUAUGGCCACGUGGCAGAAGAGAAGCCUCUCCCUGCACUGGGCGAGUGGACUGAAAGUCCAGACCACAACUGAGGCCAACCACAUCAGACUGUCCUGUCUCGCUGUGUGUCUGGCUCUGCUGAAGCACUGCGUGCUCAUGUAUAGCACACUGCCAUCCUUCCAUGCCAUCACCAGGCCCCUCCGGGCCCUCCUGACAGAGAACCCAGUGGACUGCAGCCAACCCCGUGACCUCCAGGAGCUAUAUCAAAGCGUACUGACAGAGAUAGAAAACCAAAAGCAGCUCUAUUGGCCACUGGUCUGUGAGAAGAGCAAGCCAGUCCCACUGAAGUUGUUCACCCCACGACUGGUCAAAGUCCUCGAGUUUGGAAAAAAGCAAGGCAGCACUAAGGAGGAGCAAGAAAGGAAGAGGCUGAUCCACAAACACAAGCGUGAAUUUAAAGGCGCCGUCCGAGAAAUCCGCAAGGAUAAUCAGUUCCUGGCUAGGAUGCAGCUCUCAGAGAUCAUGGAACGGGAUGCUGAAAGAAAGCGAAAAGUGAAGCAGCUUUUUAACAGCCUGGCUACGCAGGAAGGUGAAUGGAAGGCUCUGAAGAGGAAAAAGUUCAAAAAAUAAAUUUUGUAUAUUAGACAAGGAGGUAUUUUAUACUGAAAGUAAUAAAGGAUGCUGUCAUGUUCAUA